GAGCGUUUGAGCAGCUCGGCCGCAGAACAACACUGAUCCGCCUCCACUGAAGCCCGUCAGUCCCUUUCACCAAAGCUCUGAGCCAAUCAUGGAUUUUACUACCUGACUGGAUGUUUUUUCUGGACCUGACUUGAAGCUCAAACCCAAAACGUUGCUUUAAUCCAAGCACCGUUUCUCACCGGGAUCGCGUGAGUGGCGGAAGACGGUUUCGUGGAUCUUGUUUUGUUUUUGUUUUUUUUUCCUCAGGAUUUAUCUUUUUUUUUUUUUUUUUUUCUUUAAAUCCAGCUAACGUCUGCUAGUCCUUCGCUCUCAUCAGUCACGUCUGUUUGUUUUGUUUAUCUGAAACUGACGUUUGAGGUGUUUUCACCUUUUGUUGACACUUAUUGCGUUUUUUGAAGGUCGGUAAAAUUGUAACAGAUUUAUUUGACCGGCCUAUCACUUCAUAUCUGUGUAAAUGACACGCGGAGGUACGCUGUAAAUUGCUUCCAUUUUGUGCCCACAAAUAUAUCUAUAUAUUUUUUUUAUAUAGAUUUUUUUUUUAAACUUUAAUUUGUUUUUAAAGUUACGUUAUGUGGCGGAGAAUCAACCAGCAAAUAUAAAUGAAAGAUCCAUGUUCGUCUCUCCAGUUCCCUCUAAAUUCAGGAAACCAUUGCUUAUCUGAACUAGAGACUUGAAUACGAGUUUUUCCUUCUCAUAUGGACACACUGUCUAAUGUUGGGCUUCAACUUGUUGAUCUCUGUCUGCAUGGCUAGUUCAGGCUAGCUAGCAAUGUUCAAUCUGAACCACCACUAAUAGCCUCUUAUAACCAUCUUAUAAAUGCUUGUUCACUUGUGAAAGCCACAUUUCCACUCAUAUUUUACCCCUGUUUUGGAGAAGUCCGUGGACAAAAAUGUCAAGCCGACCUCAUGGAUUAGGAGUUAUAGAGAAUUCAUCAGGACAGACCCACUCUGAUGCCAAAGGAGGAGGGCGUAGCAGUGUUUCGCGCGUCCGGAGUUCGGUUGCAUCAACGGCGGAAGAGCAGCCUCACAUAGGACACUACCGGCUGCUGAAGACUAUUGGCAAGGGCAACUUUGCCAAGGUUAAACUGGCCCGACAUGUCCUUACCGUGAAAGAGGUAGCAGUGAAAAUCAUAGACAAGACACAACUGAACUCUUCUAGUCUUCAAAAACUUUUCCGAGAAGUGAGAAUCAUGAAGCUUCUGAAUCACCCAAACAUCGUGAAGUUAUUUGAGGUGAUCGAGACAGAGAAGACACUGUAUUUAGUCAUGGAAUACGCCAGUGGAGGUGAGGUUUUUGAUUACCUUGUUGCUCACGGGAGGAUGAAAGAAAAGGAAGCUCGUGCCAAAUUUAGACAGAUUGUCUCAGCUGUGCAAUAUUGCCAUCAGAAGUGCAUUGUACACAGAGAUCUCAAGGCUGAGAACCUUUUACUGGAUGCUGACAUGAACAUAAAGAUUGCUGACUUUGGCUUCAGUAAUGAGUUUAAGGUGGGCAACAAGUUGGACACUUUCUGCGGAAGCCCCCCAUACGCCGCCCCUGAACUCUUUCAGGGCAAAAAGUAUGACGGGCCUGAGGUGGAUGUAUGGAGUCUUGGGGUCAUACUCUACACGUUAGUCAGUGGCUCGCUGCCUUUCGAUGGACAGAACUUGAAGGAGUUGCGCGAGCGUGUGUUGAGAGGAAAGUACAGGAUUCCCUUCUACAUGUCCACAGACUGCGAGAACCUGCUGAAGAAAUUUCUCAUCCUCAACCCCACCAAAAGGGGAAGUUUGGAGCAGAUCAUGAAGGAUCGCUGGAUGAAUGUAGGUCAUGAGGAUGAAGAGCUGAAGCCCUACAUCGAACCCCAACCCGACUACAAAGACCCCAGGAGAACAGAUAUAAUGAUCCAGAUGGGUUUCUUUCAAGAAGAGAUUCAGGACUCAUUCAUCAACCAAAAAUACAAUGAAAUCAUGGCAACCUACCUGCUGCUCGGCUAUAGGAAUUCAGAGCUUGACGAGGGUGUCAACUUGUCAAUAAAACCACGCCCAGGAAGUGAUCUCACAAACAGUAAUGUCUCCUCUACGCCUCAUAAGGUACUGCGCAGUGUGUCAUCCACUCAGAAACCGGUCAGAAGGUCGACAGAUCAGAGCUCAUACUCGAAAAGGCCUCAGGGAGAAAACAAGCAUGCAGUGGAGGAUUCUGGGAGGAAAGGUUCAAGUAGCUCCACCAAAGUUCCUCCCAGUCCUGUCGUAUCCAGUGAACGAAAAAAGAGCUCCACACCCUCUACUAAUAGUAUCCUGUCCACAGGCACCAGCCGCAGUAGAACAUCCCCCCUCUCUGAGAGAGCCACUCUGGGAGUCCAGAACGGCAAGGACAGCCUGAGCACCCCUGGGUCCCGUGCCUCCACAGCCUCGGCCGGCCCCGUGCUCUCUUCAUCCUCCUCUUCCUCACGCACCCGCCAUCACAAGUCCCUCUCCACCUCCGCCCAUCCCUGCCCCACAGACCUGCACACACAACGGCCCAGUGAUCCAACACAGAGACCACCUGGUGCCUCCCCCUCAGCCCACAACAUCAGCAGCGCAGCUGGGACGGACCGUACCAACUUCCCAAGAGGGGUGCCCACCCGCAACACUUUCCACCUCGGCCAGCAGAGGGGCGCACGUGACCAACAGGGUUCUCCGUACCACGGAGCCCCCACCUCCCCUUCCCUCUCACAUGGCAACAGCCAACAGCGACAACCUGCGGCUUCUGGCAUCUUCAGCAAGUUCACCUCGAAGUUUGUGCGCAGAAAUAUGUCAUUAAGAUUCGCCAGAAGGAGCCCCUAUGAGGGAGAGGGUCAAGAGGAGGGGACCAGAUCUAUGCUUAGCAGUGCAGAGAAAUCAGAGAAGACCAGCAUAGGGGCGGAAGAUGACAACAAGGACUCCUCCCUUGUGGGCGGGACUCCUCCGACCGCGCCCCUUUCAGCACUCAAAGACCAAGCCAAGCCUCGUUCGCUUCGCUUCACCUGGAGCAUGAAGACCACAUCUUCCAUGGAGCCCGGUGAGAUGAUGAAGGAGAUCCGGAAGGUUCUGGACGCCAACAGCUGCGAGUACGAGCUGCGAGAGCGCUAUAUGCUGCUGUGCAUAGCUGGCAACCCUGCCCGCGACGACUUUGUUCAGUGGGAAAUGGAGGUUUGCAAGCUGCCUCGCCUCUCGCUCAAUGGUGUGCGCUUUAAGAGAAUAUCUGGCACAUCUAUCGCCUUCAAGAAUAUUGCUUCUAAAAUUGCCAAUGAGCUGAAGCUGUGAGGGUAGAUGCAAGUGAAAAGUAGCAUUUUAAAGUGUUUAAAGAGUCUCAGAACAGGGAUGAGUGGAAAAUAUAGCCACUACUCAAACGCAAUGCAAACUGCUGGUAUGUGUUGGUAAGAUCAGUAGAGGAGUAAGAUCAGAUACAUACAAAUGGGUAAAAAUAGCACACUGGCCCUUCAAUCUUGCAUACUGAGGUCACAUUUAGGAAUUUUGGGCACUUUAGUCAAUUUAAACUCUGUUCUUGAGUCAUUGUCCUUGAUUGUCAUGAAUAUGUUCAAUCCAGAAAGGCUAUAAGUACACGGUUUGUAUUCAGCUGUUCUUUGCUCAGAGAAAAGAGUUGGUUGAUUUAUGAACUCAUUUUGGUCUUAGACCCCUCAUAAUCUUGGGCACAAACUGUUGCCUAUUGGAGGAUAAACACCACACUUGAUAAGAGGGGUAGUCAUUAACUGUAAAUCCCCAAGUGUGGGUGGAGGCGGGCAGUUUAGGACGGUGGACUGACUUUUUUGCCCCUUAAAAAGAAAAGCAUACACAUAAACUUUCAGUAUAGUAUCUCUUCCUCUUAUUCUAUCAACAGGGUUACGCCCUCACCAUUACUCCAUAAAGGGCCGGCACACUUGAUCAGUACUGAGAGGACUGUAAAUUGUGGUUAAGGUGAUUUUAAUUCUUAAUCGGCUGGGUUUAGAUUUGCUGCACUGGAAUUGGGUGCAUUUCUGUUGCCUUUAUUUUCUAAUAGAAAUGAAAUGUGCUUUAUUGUUGUAUUUACCAAUGAUUAUGUUUUAAUAUUAUUCUUAGGAUGAAAAAAAAAAUCUGAUUUUUGUAUUAUUAUUAUUACUUGUGGUUUUGUGUUCUUGAUCGUGCUAUGCCUGUGUUUAAAGAAUGUCAGAAACAAGCACCAUGUGACUCCCACCAAACUUUUCACACUCUUCCCCUGCUUCGUCCCAAAGGAUAAUGGCCCAGCAAGUACUCUCAUUUAAAAAAUUUUUUUUUUUAAAAAUCACUGGACUAAUAACUCUAUCUGUGCAACCAAUUGUUCCCAUGCCAUUUUAGUGACUAAGGAACUGUCAAGCUCUUUUUCUCUGCAUCCACCACUUUUCAUGAUGUGGUUCAAGCCAAGAAACUUUCAUGGCCUUAUGGCAUUACUGCUUUGAUGGUACACUCUUUAUGAAAAUAUGGAGUGAGUGAAUGUUAAUGUGUGUGAAAGAAAGAGAUGAUGAUAGGGUGUCAUAUCUGAAAUAACCAAAAGGCUGCCGAGCUUUAUAUUUAGCAAUGCUAUAAAAAGACUAUAUUGGUAUAUAGUCUUGAGACCAAUAUUGGCUAGGGCCCUAUGAAAUGGGCUUAUGUUAAUUCCAAUUUUUGGUUGGCAUUAUCAAUUUCACAAUUGAUCAUUGACAUCAUUCUUUCAAAAGCUUAUCAGUAGUUCAAGCAGACAGGAAACAACCCGGCACUUUUGUAUGAGUGGAAUGAGUGUGUCUGCAUAAAAGUAAGAGACUAGGUGCUAGAGUGAAAAGUGUGUAUCCAUCCAUCUCUGCUAAGCUGUACAUGCUUGCAUGCAUCCUCUAGUUGAAAAUGGGGAUCCAUAUAAAUUCUGUCACCAGACUGGGGACAACUCUGCACAUGUGUGUUUUAUAUCUUCAUAGGAAAUAAUUAUCUUUUUUUUUUUUUUGUCAUGUAAUUUGCUGUUCUCAUUCAUGAUCAUUUGUUUUAGGUGCUGGGGAUCCAAUUAUCUUUAGGAUUGUCAUUUUACUUAAGGGUUGAUUCUUUUUUUCACACGUUUAUCAUUGCUAUAAUUUUAUGAUUUGUGUCAGAUUCUUCACUGCUGGGUUAGUGGGAUUCGAAUGGAGAAAUACACCAUGUUUUUUGUUUCUUUCUGUGCAAAGAUGAUGAUGAAUUAUGAUCAAUGAUAGUAAUAAAAACAAUUCCAUUCAAGCUGGUUGUAUUGAAACUGAUGCAACAUGUCCUAGUUCUAAGUAUACCAAUUUUGUGGCAUCCCUAAAUAAUGAUCUUAUUACCGCAUCUUAUUUCAUUGCAAAUUGAAUAUUACCUUGAAAUAUUUAUUUGUAAUUGGUAUACAGUAACCAUUGUUGGGUGUAAUCUGAUUACAAAGUAAUAACUGUAAUCUAACUCCUUUUUGGGAGAAAAAAGUGUAACAUUACAUUUAAAAUUCUUGUAAUCAGAUUACAGCUACUGAUUUUAAAUUAAAUUAUCUUUAUAUUUACACAUAUUUGUAUUAUAUUUUUGUAGAAUACAUUUAAAACAGAUUAUGUUCACAUGCACGUCUGUUUUCAUGCUGAAGAGUCACUAAAGAGCCAUUGUGUGGUUGAGACCUGCAGUGCUGAGUGUAUGAUUUGCAUGCAACAAUAAACGAAGCAAAUAUAGA